UCUCUCUCUCUCUCCCAAUUUCUCCCUCAAAACUCGGAACUCACCGAGUCACCGUCCGGCGAGUCGCCGCCGAAGACGAAACGACAGCGUUCCGAUGGGCGUCCCCGCGUUCUACCGCUGGCUGGCGGAUCGCUACCCGCUCUCGAUUGCCGACGUGGUGGAGGAGCACCCCGGGGAGGACCCCGACGGCGCGCCGAGACCGAUCGACGUUUCGAGGCCAAACCCUAACGGGUUCGAGUUCGAUAAUCUCUACCUCGAUAUGAACGGCAUUAUCCAUCCUUGUUUUCAUCCCGACGGCAGACCUGCCCCUGUUACUUAUGAGGACGUAUUCAAGUCAAUAUUUGACUACAUUGAUCAUCUCUUCAAUCUGGUUCGCCCAAGAAAGCUUCUUUUUAUGGCAAUUGAUGGGGUUGCACCAAGAGCAAAAAUGAAUCAGCAACGCAGUCGACGUUUCAGAGCUGCAAAAGAUGCGGCUGAGGCGGAAGCUGAAGAAGAAAGACUAAAGAAAGAAUUUGAGAUGGAGGGAGAGUCAUUGGUUCCUAAAGAGAAAUGUGAAACUUCAGAUUCAAAUGUUAUUACUCCAGGCACUCAAUUUAUGGCGGUGCUCUCAGUAGCACUUCAAUAUUUUAUUCAAAGUAAAUUAAACAGCGACCGAGGUUGGCGGUGUACGAAGGUUAUUCUUUCUGAUGCCAAUGUACCUGGGGAGGGAGAACACAAAAUAAUGUCAUACAUCCGGUUGCAACGCAAUCAAGUGGGUUUUGAUCCCAACACUCGGCAUUGUCUUUAUGGUCUGGAUGCAGAUCUAAUCAUGCUUGCCUUAGCUACACAUGAGGUUCAUUUCUCAAUAUUAAGAGAGGUAAUUACUCCUCCAGGUCAACAGGAAAAAUGUUUUCUUUGUGGACAAGGUGGUCAUCUGGCAGCUGAAUGUCGUGGUGGUGAUGAUGGUGCGGCCAAUGAUACUCCAAUUCACCAGAAGAAGUAUCAGUUUCUCCACAUAUGGGUAUUGCGUGAGUAUUUGGAAUAUGAGCUGGACAUACCCAAUCCUCCUUUUCAGCUUAAUUUUGAAAGGAUAGUCGAUGAUUUCGUGUUUAUGUGCUUUUUUGUUGGCAAUGAUUUUCUUCCACAUAUGCCAACAUUGGAGAUAAGGGAGGGUGCAAUUAAUUUAUUGAUGCAUAUUUAUAGAAGAGAAUUUUCUGCUAUGGGUGGCUAUCUCACUGAUGCGGGUGAGGUAUUGUUAGAUAAAGUAGAGCAUUUUAUCCAGUCUGUUGCUGUCCAUGAGCGCCAAAUUUUUCAAAAACGGGCUCGAAUUCAGCAGGCUUUUGAGAAUAAUGAAGAGAGACAGAGAAAUAGAAGAGAGUCUUGUGAAGAGCUACUGACUCCAGUGGUAGAAAAGGUGGUGGACAAGGUUAAAUUGGGGGAGCCUGGAUAUACAGAAAGGUAUUAUGCUGAGAAGUUUCAAGUAUCAAAGCCAGAGGAGAUUGAAACAAUUAAAAAAGACUUGGUUCUGAAAUAUGUAGAAGGCUUAUGUUGGGUCUGCCGAUAUUACUAUCAAGGGGUCUGCUCAUGGCAAUGGUAUUACCCAUACCAUUAUGCUCCUUUUGCUUCUGAUUUGGUAGAUCUUGAUGAGUUGGAAAUAACAUUUUUCCCGGGAGAGCCAUUUAAACCCUUUGAUCAGCUCAUGGGAACCUUACCAGCUGCAAGUUGUAGUGCUCUUCCAGAAAAAUACAGAAAUUUGAUGACUGAUCCGUCAUCUCCCAUUUGUGAUUUCUACCCAUCUGAUUUUGAGAUUGACAUGAAUGGCAAGCGCUUUGCAUGGCAGGGUGUAGCGAAGUUGCCAUUCAUUGAUGAGAAGAAAUUGCUUGCUGAGACAAGGAAGCUCGAAAGCACUUUAACAGAAGAAGAACAAGCUCGGAAUAGCGUGAUGCUAGAUUUGCUUUACGUCUAUCUCUCUCAUCCUUUGGCAUCACAAAUUAAUUUGUACUACCAUAUUUAUCACCAGAGUCCACCGCAUGAAAGAUUUGCAUGGCCAAUAGAUACAAGCCUAAGCAAUGGAAUGAAUGGAUUCCUUUGGUUAUCUGAGAGGAAUGGAUUCAGAAAUGUAAUCCCAUCCCCUAUGCGUGGUUUUCCCAACAUAGACCAUAACCAAGUCUUAAAUGUCACAUAUCUUAAUCCUGUAUUGCAAAAACACAUUCCGGAGCCUCCUAGGGGUGUGAUCAUGCCCAGAAAGGUUGUAAAACCUAUGCACAUCAAACCUCCCCCGGCAUUAUGGCAUGAAGACAAUGGUCCCCGGCGCUACCAAAACAGAGAUAGGCCACAAAUACCGGGAGCGAUUGCUGGACCUAUAUUGGGAGAAGCAGCUCAUCGACUUGUCAAGAACACUCUAAAUCUUAGACCUAGUAAUGCAUCCUCUGGAUUUUGGGAUCAACCACGGCCUGUACGAACUUCUUCUGGAAACUACAUUGGAAAUUAUCCAGUGAACAGAGCAAGACCAGCUGGGCCGUCUGGGUAUGAAAGGGGUUUCAUUGAAGAGCUGAAUUAUGGAAAUUCCUUAAAUCCUCGGGGCAUCAUGGCUAGGCCUAGAGCUCCUUACCCAAAUGGUCAGGGUGACAGACAAAAUUUUAGGACACAAGAAAGAACACAAUACCAAGAGCAGAGUUCUAGAACACAAGACAGAGUACAAUAUCAAGAACAAUAUUGCAACUUGAGAACUGGGAUGUCUAGUUUAACAAUGGAACAAAGUGUGAGAACCAGGUCUCCUGUAGUGGCGCAAACAGCGAUGCCAAAUUCAGGAUACUCCAGAAACCCACAUCAGCAUUUUGUGCAGAACACUGGUGCUCUUCCAGCACCACCUCCAAAAUGGAUCAACAAAGAAUCAGGUGCCAAUGGUGGAUAUGGUGGACCACAUGAACGGCAGGUCAAAAAGAUUUAUCAGGUAAAGACUCGUGCUCCUCAGGAUGUGUCAAACUCCGGAAACCAGCAGUGAUUCUUAUGGAUUUUGUAUCAGAUGUGGCAGGCCAACUGCUGCCUGCCGUUAACUUACCAUAUCUAACCUUGUGAUUGGGUUUACCAAGACUAACUUCAAUGGCGUGGUAGAUAGCAAGCGAAUGGCAAUACUACAUUGAUGAGCGGUUUCUGAUGUCAUAUUGAUUCGGCUUUGAGUAAUGUUAUCUUCGUCAUCACUUAAACCACAGAAGGUUGGUUUGUUUACAUACUAGAAUUCUCACUCAGUUUGUACUAACAAGAUAUGGCGGCCAUGUAUCAUUAGCCAUAUAUUGGGUAGCCUGUAGAAGAUGGAUGUAUAGUCGAUGUGUUACCGUAGCAGAAUAUGGGGGGUUGCAUGCGUAAGCAGUAGCACUAAUAUAACAAGCCUUAGGUGGUUAGUCUGGUGUAAUAUUUUCUAUUUAGUGUUGUUGCACAUUGGCAUCGGGA